UGUCCAUAACAACUGUGAUUGAAAUGAUAUUUUCACGCGCAGACGCGCAGCUGAAGGUCGGGACGAUGAUUUGACGCGAUGGCGGAGAAACGUCGCGCCGGUGUCGCGAUCAUGUCCGACGAGCAGCUGCUGUCUCAGGCCGGAGUGAGCGCGCUGCUGCGGGGAGCUCUGCUGCGGCUGCUGGAGUGCAGGCCGGAGGAUCCCGUCGGCUUCCUCGCAGAACACUUCGCUCAUUUGUCGUCGGAGGCUGAAGACGGAGCGUCGGAGCGUCAGAGCGUCAGCCGCGCUCUCUGGCACCUGAGCCUCGCGCAUCACUCUCACAGGUCUGCGUUUAACAACAACGUCCGUGUGGCGUAUGAGCUGCUGACGCAGGGCGUCCCGCGUCGUCUCGGUGUCGGCGGUGUUCGCGGGCGUCUGUACUCAGAGAUGCUGCGGUGUCUGUGCAGUGAAGGCGGGCUCUCGGGCUCCACCGCCGCUCCGCUCCUGCGCCGCAUCCAGAGCCACGACUACGAGUCCGUGCCCUUCGAGCUCUUCCGGCAGGGCGUCCUGACCUGCGCCGUGUUCGCAGACUACAUCCGGAAGUCUCAGUGUCUGUACGCGGCGGUGGCCAGCGCUCCGGACCGUCCGGCAGAGAGGACGCUGUGCCAGGCGGUGCUCUCCACCCUCCGCGAGGCGCUGGAGACGGCGGACGGCGCUGACGUGGCGCGAUACCUGGAGGCCAGCGCCAAGAUCUCUCCCGCUAAAGUGGCUCAGGCCAUGGCCGAGGUGCAGCCGCGCGCGCAGAGACACGACGGGCUCACGAUGGACGCGCAGGAGUUUGAAGACGCCGCCGCCGCGCUCUUCAUCGCUCGAGUGCGGACCGUCUCCUGAAAUCACUCAACAGCAACUUUAGACAGCUGCGUCACAUUGCAUUCAAGCUUUAACUUCUAGAACCUCUAGGUCUUGUUUUCUAGCACGCAUAUCGAAAUAUUCUUAAAGCAAGAUGCAAAAAAAAAAAAGUCUUGUCUUCUAAAAAAUGAUCAAAAUUAAGAGAGUGAGGACAGAUAAUGAACUUAAGUCAAAGAGAAAACCAGGUUGUUUUUCUGACCCCACUGGCAGACAUUUGUGACAUAAGGGUCAAUUUUUUUAAAUUGAGAUGUAUACAUCAUCUGAAAGCUGAAUAAAUAAUCUCUCCAUUGAUGUAUGGUUUGUUAGGAGGACAAUAUUUGUCUGAGAUACAACUAUUUGAAAAUCUGGAAUCUGAGGGUGCAAAAAAUCUAAAUAUUGAGAAAAUCAUCUUUAAAGUUGUCCAAAUGAAGUUCUUAGCAAUGCAUAUUACUAAUCAAAAAUUAAGUUUUAAUAUAUUUAUGGUAGGAAACUUACAAAAUAUCUUCAUGGAACAUGAUCUUUACUUAAUAUCCUAAUGAUUUUUGGCAUAAAAGAAAAAUCUAUAAUUUUAACCCAUGCAAUGUUUUAGUAAAUGCAUCUUGAUUUAAGAAUUUUUAGAUAUUUGUACUGAAAAACAAGACAAAAAUCCUAAGUUAGAAAAACUUUUUGCUGUGUAUGAAUAUAAUAAAAAUAAUAGCAAAUAUAAUGAUUAAAAAAAACAAAUAAAUACUAGAUUUUUACCUCCGUCUAAUGAGAAACACCAUCAGCUUCUACAAAAUUAACAACAAUUAGCUUCUUUCUGUAAGAGCAUGAAAUACUUGUGUCGCAUUCCCUAAAACAAGUGUUCUGCAUGUAUUUAAAAGCUCUGAAAAAGUCUUAAUCCAUCCUUCCAUGAACUCAAGCCUUAAAAAGAGCUUAAAUCAGACAGAAAGUCAUACAACUGUGGCAUUAAAUGUUGCAUGAACUGCAAAAACAACAAUCUUCCUCAGUGUUUGAGUUUUGUUUUCCAGGACAGAUACAGUAUCGAAACAUCUUAAGGAUUUCGAGAUGCAAAAUUAAGAUAUGAAGUCUUGUAUUCUGAGAAAAUGAACAAAAUAAAGUGAGUCUGUGUUUAAAAAAACAAGAACGGGUGUCUGUUUUGAUCUCGUUUUAAUCCUAAACUAAUUUUUCACACAUCACAUUUUAUCACUCUCUCAGAAAACAAGAUUUUUGUCAUUUUGCAUCUCAAGUAAAUUCAUCUUGAUUUAAGAGUUUUUUUUAGAAAAUGCAUUUACUGUAUUUGUUUCAUGUGCUUCAGAUCGAAGUGAAAUCAUGAUUUGACCUCGUUGCUGUCUAAUUUGAGAGCGAGAAACCUCAGUUCAGGAAGUGUUUGUGUUUUAGGCAUCACACAAGUUCCCUUUUCAGUUUCACAGACCCUGAGCUGAACACAUUUCACUGCUGCAUUCGCAAAUGAAUUGCAUAUUCACUUAGAACAAAUACAACAUUUUAUUGAUUUAUUUAUGCAAACGUGCACUAAUGAAUCUCUCACAAUAACAGAAGAAACGUGAAUUAAGAAAAAGACUGAAUUGCUGACAUUUAUUCAUCCGCUUCAUCCGCUUUUUUUUUUUUUUUGCAUGUUAAAUAUGAAUUGUUUAAUGAGUAUUUCAGAGGCUGCUGAUAGAGCAACCUGAAGGCUUUGAUAAUUGAUUAUUAUUAUUUACAAAAAUGUUCAUUGCAAAUGAAACCUUGAGUAAACAGUUUAAAAAUAAACGUGAAUUUGAGAAAGAA